AGGUAACUACCGCAUGGCCCUUGUUAGCGGCAAUUCAAAAGAACGUGCCGUAGUUGUAAGUGGUCCCCAUAUUAGAAGGAAGAAAGACACUCAAGUAUUUACCAAAUCAGUUCACUCACUACAAUUGAGUUUCUAUAUAAAUGUGAUAUCAUAUCAGUGUAUGCUAAAUUGCUAAUCACAUAGUAUCAAAUUGAUACUUGGUUUUGGGGUUCUGAAGUUUCCACAUUGUCUCAGCCUCUCUUGACAGUAUUGGUUGUGAAAGCACCCAAGAAGAGAAGAAAAGAAAAUGACAUUUCUCAUAGCUCUUGCUUCUUCUUCGUCAGGUGUUUUGGCCUUAUAUACUCUUCUUGCCAUCUUUCAACCAGCUAUUAUUGAAGCCCAAUCCCUUUCUCCUGCACCUGCACCUGCUCCCACCAGAGAUGGUACUUCAAUAGACCAAGGAAUUGCCUACGUGCUUAUGCUUGUGGCAUUGGUUCUCACAUACCUCAUCCACCCUCUUAAUACCUCUUUCUACAAUUUGUGAAUUAUCCGUUUCCCUACUCUUGUAUUUUUACCCUCAUAGAAAGUGAACAUAGUAGGGAUCGAUGGUUUUUAAUUUCCCAUGCUCUUAGGCUGAAUUGUUGAUGCAGGGGCUGUUAUCAAUGUGUUUGAUGCGAUGCUAAUUUUAUUCUUUUUUAGUUUCUAAUACCGUUCAGAUC